AACUUAGAUGUCUUUAACCUUUACUGAGCCGCUCAGUUACACCAACUCAUGACGGGAGGUCACAUCUUAUUUUACUCUGAACAGUCAAGUGCUGGUCGUGUGCCUAAAUGUAACUCGUUAAGCUAGCUACAUCAGAAGUAGCUGCUUAUUCAUUGGAUAUUUUAUUUUGAAUGUGUAUUUAUCAGUUAUUAACACGGAAGACCAUAACGUGUAAACAUUAAGAUUGAUUUAAGAUUAGUGAUAUCCUCCUGGUUCCCUGAAGUUCUUUAUCACAGCGACUCUGAAUGACUGCUGAUGGACAGGCUGCAGAGGCCAUGAUUUAAUGUUCAUCUGUUGACCAGCAGCAACAGUAAUGUCUGUCAACUCCCUCCUGAGAUACACCGUCAGGCUGAAGAGGAAACAUGUGGCUACACAUUUAUUCCAGCACAGAGCUCUGUCAGGGGCAGAUGCUGUCAAUGCACUCAGACCGUUUUAUUUUGCAGUCCAUCCUGACUUCUUUGGUCAAUUUCCCAGGGAACGGGAAGUAAAUGAGAAUUCAUUAAAGAGGUUAAAUGGCUAUCUGGAACAUCUGCAGAAACCCGGCUCACAGUCCAUUCAGCCAAUGAAACUCACUUUUUAUGUCAGGGACACAAAGGACAGCAAUGAUAUGCAGCCAGACCUCCUCACCUCAGGGUUCCGGUCAGUGAGUUUCACUCUGCACACAAACGAUGUCUUGAGCACAGUGAUGAACGUCUUGAAGUCCUGCAGCCUUCCCAUGGAGCACAUGAAGGGACUGAAAACAAGUGCAGAGACAUCUAAACGUCCACCUGAGGCAGGGCUGUCCUUUUACAGACCAAUCAAAUGGGAUAAGAGCUACUACGCCUUCACUGGUUUCAGAGACCCUGAGCAGGAGCUGCAGCAGGCUAAAAGAGUUGAGCCUAGACUCAUCUUGUGGCUGAGAAACAACGAGCCUGAGGCGACGAAGAAGCACAGUGCUAGUCUUCCUCUGAGAGAUGAGCUGAACAGACUGAAGAAGGAACUGUGUCACAAAUUUAAUCUGGCUGAUAUCAGGUGGCAGCGCAGCUGGGGAGUGGCCCACAGGUGCUGUCUGCUUCAGAGUCUAAGCCGACUGUCCCAGCAGAACCCAGAGGCCCUGAUCAACCUGCAAGGACACACUGUUGUGUUUGCUGACCAGUCAGGGAUGAAUGCCUCUGGACACAUCAUGCUGGGAACCAUGGAUGUUCACCAUCAGUGGACCAAACUGUUUGAGCAGCUGCCCAGCUAUCGCAGCCUGCAGCAGCAGACUGACUGGCUGAAAGAGAGGAUCAGCCUCCUCCUUGGUGGGACUCAAGUGGUCCACGUGGAGAGACUAGGACCAGUCCAGCCCAUCGCCGAGCACUACAGCACCCUUAACACUUUCCACAAGAACCUGAUGUCCCGACACCUUCGCCUGCACCCCCGAAGCCUACAGGGGCUCACCAUGUUGUUGGAGAAUGACCGCUCAAACCCCAGUCUUCAUCAGAUGGGGCACUUCAUUAUCCCCACCAACUGUGACCCUCCUAAGCUGCAGGUCUUCCUCCAGAGUCACGCCCCUGAGGCCAGACUGCGCACACAACGCAAAAACCAGCUGCAGGCGGAGGAGGACGCUGUGGUGAAGCUGUGUCUCCAGACUCUGUCUCUCAGGAGUCUGUCCAAGGAGCCCAGUGUCAGCUCCAGCCAGAUGAUUCUGUGCUGUAAAAGGCUGGUGGAGCAGCGCUCCCCCCUCAUGCAAGGCCUCCACUUCUGUGUUUCUCAUUUCUACUCAGUUAUGCAAGAUGGGGACCUGUGUGUCCCCUGGGACUGGAAGAGCUGAGCUGGACCAACACGGUCAUUUCAAGUGUUGGAAACUAGUAUUCUUAGCAGGUCAGUAUUGUUCAGCCAGUUUAAUGGGAUCAUUUGUUAGAUGUCAGUUGGACUUGAAUCACGUCGUUCUCUUGCUGGGAUGCUAAAUAUGACAAUUUAAUUAAAAGUGGAGUUCAGUGGUUCCCAACCCAGGGGUCCCAAGAUGACUAAGGAAGAAGAAGAAUAACAUUGCGUUUUACAUUUUUUUCAGAUUUUUCUAAAAUGUUUUUCUUUUUAAAUACUGGAGAAUAAAAACAAAGUCUAAGAACCAUUUAGUAUUUGGUGAGAUAAGGGAUGUGUCUAGACAUUGAUUAGCUAUAAAAAGGUUGGGAACCACUGGCAAAGGUGCAAUAUAACUGAAGGUGUCCACAGAGUUUUUGUUUGUUAUUGUGUGGCAUGCACUGAGAACGAAUUUAAUAAUGGUUCUGUUGAAGGAACAAUCCACGCCCUAAAUGUAAACUACAAUAGUCACCAAACCAGCAAAAUUCAAUACAUAAGGGUUGGGAGAGAAUAAGGGGUGAAAGGAUUCAGAAUGCUUUCAGUGAACUAGAGUGAAUGGCCACGCUGUAAGGCAACCUGCUGUCAUACAGACAGAUCAUCACAGGCUUUCACACACUGAUGGUGUGAAACUCGACGGUUCACCAGAAAAGUGAUAGCAGUUGUGUGAAUAAUUAAAAACAACAACUUGGGAGAGAAGAUUUAAACCCACCUCCACACAGCCGACCAGUCACUGCUGUGGAGAAUUUGUGUUUCAGAAAGUUACCAGGUUCAACAGUUCUGACAGUGUGAGGGUGUGAAAGCUUUCAGACCCUGUUAAAUCAUCUAACAAGCACUUUGUUUAAAGCACAAUGAUGUCCUUAAUUUAACAAUAUGGCUACUGUUGUAGUAUCUGAUGCUGAUUAGAAGUCAAACUGUUAUAUUAUAAACAUGUGAAUAUAAUUGUAAUGUCUGUGAUCAUAAAACACAACAAUACAGGAACAUUCACAAAGGCUUUAUACGGUGUUCUGUUACAGCACCUUUUGUAUCAUAUCUGAGGACUUACCAGGACUGUGUGAUCCAGCAUGUGGACACAGAUGCUUCACUGGAUGGAGCGGUUUUGGACAUAUUGGACAUGUCAGAUGCUGAUGUACAGUCUAGUUGUCAUUGUUUAAAGCACUGUUACUGUUGCACACAUGAGCAGGUGGAGGACCUGUGUUCUAGCUUUGAACUUUAUAAGCGUACCAUCGCUGUGAAACAGAUGGUUCUUCUCAAAUAAAAAUAGUUGUUCAAA